GCGUAGCAACAGUGGCGUGAAGCUUUUAGCUGAGUUGUCGAGCUGAAGUUACUUAGCAACCUGUUAGCCAAAUCCUAAUCUUUAGCGAUUAAAUAAUAAAUAACGUUUCGGGUUGAGGCAUAAUAAGCGAGAAUAAUCUGACACCUGAAGGCCUUUCGGUUGACAUUUCUCGCUGCCGUAAGGUGGAUUUCUACAAGCUUUCUAGUUUAAGUUAGCUUGCUAGCUAGUUGGCUAACUCUCCAUAAAAGGAGAAAUCGGGCUUUAUCAUGCCUGCAGGUGCCGUACAUGAUCUAGAUUCGGAAUUUAACACAAGUAAUCGGCAGGAGGAUCCCACCCUUGAGAGGUGUUUUAAAGGACACAAAGAUGCUGUCACAUGUGCAGAUUUCAGUCCCAGCCAUAAGCAGUUGGCCACUGGAUCUAAUGACAAGAAUCUAAUGAUCUGGAACCUCAACCCAAAAGCCAGAGCUUUUAGAUUUGUGGGUCAUAAGGAUAUCAUAACUGCAGUCCACUUCUCCCCAUCUGGUGACUUGGUAGCUUCUGCAUCCAGGGACAAGACUGUUCGACUUUGGACACCGAACAUCAAAGGAGAGUCAACUGUGUUCAAAGUGCACACAUCCACGGUACGCAGUGUGAGCUUCUCCAGUGAUGGUCAGAGACUGGUUACUGCCUCGGAUGACAAGUCAGUGAAAGUGUGGAGUGUGCAUCGGCAGAAAUUCAUCUACUCCCUAAAUCAGCACACCAACUGGGUGCGUUGUGCAAGGUUUUCACCAGAUGGACGAUUAGUGGCGUCCUGUGGUGAUGAUAGAACUGUUCGCCUGUGGGACACAUCAACCCGCCAGUGCAUCAACACUUUCUCUGACUACGGCGGGCCAGCAACAUUUGUGGACUUCAAUGCCAGUGGUACUUGCAUUGCAUCAUCGGGAGCAGACAACACACUGAAAAUAUGGGACAUCCGAACAAACAAACUUAUCCAACAUUACCAGGUCCACAGCGCAGCAAUCAACGGCUUUUCUUUCCACCCGUCUGGAAACUACCUGAUCAGCGGUUCCAGUGACAGCACAGUGAAGAUCCUGGACCUGCUGGAAGGAAGACUCAUCUACACUCUUCAUGGCCACAAGGGUCCAGUUCUGGCAGUGGCAUUCUCUCGAGAAGGUGAUCUUUUUGCCUCUGGGGGAGCUGAUUCGCAGGUUCUGAUGUGGAAGACCAACUUUGAUGCGCUGAACUACAGGGAAGUGUUAAGCAGACACAGCAAGCGGGUAACCCCAGAUCCCCCUCCUCACCUGACGGACAUCUACCCCAGGUCCCCCCACCGUCACCACACCCAGAAUGGAACUGUUGAGAUUAAUCCUGUUGUUACUGACAUCCAGUCAGCUGAUCCUCAUGUGGUGGAGGUAGGAGAGGCUCCGUUCUCCCUGAAGGGCGGGAGUGGACGUGCACGUGGGGUCCCAGGUUACAGAGAUGGUCCAAGCACCAGCACUGCCUCAGCUUCCACUUAUACUCAUGCACAUGAGGAGCAAGAGGAGGAUGAAGAGGAGGAAAGACUGGGACCUGGGGUCACGUACCUGUUGGAUGAACGCUCGGGGCUUCCACCAGCUUUUAGAAGCACUCUAGAGCACAUUGUCCAGCAGCUGGACAUUCUGACUCAGACCGUGGCAGUUCUUGAAGAGCGCCUCACCUUGACGGAAGACAAGUUAAAAGAGUGUCUGGACAACCAGGCCGUCAUUCUUCAGCAGACCCUCUACACGGAAGAGCUUCGCGAGGCGAGGGGCGCUGAGGGGCCGGCUGUGUGAGAGGCUGACCCUCUUCAGCUGCUAUGGUCCCCACUUCAGGGAUCAUUGACUCCGGCCUGAAGUAGGACACAGACAUAGCUAACAUUUACCAUUUCUCCCUCCUCCCCCCUUACACAUCAUUCCUUCUGUCCACCCUGCUCGCUCUCCCUCUCUCUCUGAGAGAAAGACACGGGGCAGAGGAAAAAGUAGAGAAAAAAAAUGGAAGGGAUUGAAAGAGGAGUGAGGUGGGGUGGUGGUGGGGGGGUUGAAGGAUCUUGUAGCAGUCUCUUCCAGAAAUUCAGUAAGUCCCUGUGGAGGAGACAGCUGCAGCUAGCAAAACAUCCCAGCCUUGUUUUGACAGCAGUGAGGGGCGGCAUUCUUCAGGACAGCCGCUCUGAAGACAAAUCAGGAAAGAGAAAGAGUAGCUGUCUCUCUUUCUCUCUUUCACUAUUUCUGUAUCUCUCUCUCUCUCUCUCUCUUUCACUAUCUCUGUCUCUCUUUCUUUCUCUGACUCUCCGUCAUUUGUCCUUAAAUCCCUCCAUGUAUCUUCUCACAUAUUUAUAAGAAUAAAGACUGUUUCAGAUGAAUAGCGGUGUGAUUUGCAUGCAUUCGUGUUUGCAUGUGUGAAACUGAGUUGUCGUCCCCAGAGACACUCUUGGCCUUGUUUACUCUCUCUUGCAGCCUCGUGGCUUUCCUCUGGGUGGAGGUCAGGCGGAAGUGGGGAGAGGCGAGACACAAAGGGUCCGGCAGCUUGUGUUUGCUUUGGGUACCACAUCCUUCCCCAGUGCUGGCGUGCUGCUCCACUCCUCCCCACACUCGUACUCUCACACAGAGAACGUACAACACUGGCCAGGGGACACAAAAACAAAACAUUUAGUCCACUUAAAAAGAAACUUGCAAGUGGCAACCAUCAGGGUCCAAGCACCAUUUCAUAAAAAAGUUCUGAUUUUAUAAAAAAAUAUAAAUAAAUAAACAUUUUUUGUGCACUUUUUUUGCAUUUUUGAAGUGCUUUCGAUUUACUUCCACUAGUCUCAGUGGACCAUUUCAUCAUGCAGCGACACGUGUGUUAUGUUUGAUUUCAGUCAGAUAGCACUGUUGAGUUUAUGAUGUAGUGAUAAAAAAUAAAAAUGCUUGAUUGCCUGUACAACUACAACAGAUUCUGUGAUAAAGUUCAGGGGCCUC